AUGGCCAACAUGCAAUAUGGCUUUGAUCUAGCUGCCGUUGGCUCACUUCAAGCCAUGCCUGGUUUCCUGAAGGUAUUUGGAUACCGUGACCCAAGUAGCGAUACAGGCUACGCGAUUGACAGUACCGUUCAACAACUUAUCACAUCGCUUUUGACUCUAGGAUCGUUCGUUUCUUCCUUGGUUGCAGGUUUUUUUUCAGCUUACCUAGGCCGCCGCCAUGCUCUCUGGCUCGCCUGUAUUGUCAACGCAGUCGCAGUUGGGAUCCAAAUCGGAACUACAUCUGCCGGCGUACUAUAUUUUGGACGCCUACUUUUGGGAUUCGCCAAUGGGUUCCUUGUCACUUUCUCGAAUAUCUAUACUUCUGAGGUAGCACCGGCUCACAUGCGUGGAGUCAUGGUUGCCCUUUUCGCAUACUGGGUGAAUAUUGGCAGUAUCCUGGGUGCGUUGGUUGAUAACUACACGCAAACGCGACUCGAUCGACUUUCCUAUCGAAUUCCUCUCGCAUGUCUCUACAUCGUGCCCACGCUAUUGUUUUUUGCAUUAUUUUUCGUUCCUGAAAGCCCGAGAUGGUUGCUCCAUCGUGGCGAUGACAAGGCAGCUAGAAGGUCAUUGGAGAAGCUUCGGGGUGCAGCAUUCUCUAGAAUGCUAUCUCAAACGAGUGGGGAUAGUGGGGAUGAGGUGGGAAGUACUAGUAGCACAACAAUGGCACCAUCACUCUUGGAGCUAGAGUGGGUAGAGAUGGUGAAGGGUGUAGAAGAGGAAAAACGCGAACAAGGAAAUGUGGCAGCGCUGGAUAUGUUCCGAGGCGUUGACCUUCGCCGAACCAUCCUCUGCUACUGCAUGAUCGGCUGCCAAACUGCAUCUGGUGUAUGGUUCCUCAUAGGCUACCAGGCAUACUUCUUUACAGUUUGCGGUAUUACCAAAGCAUUCCAAUAUUCCAUCAUGAACACCUGUUUUGGUUUCUUGGGAGUCAACGUCGGGAUGUACGCCAUCCGAGAGCUAUUCGGACGUCGCGCAAUUCUUAUCAUUGGCGCCAUCGGAUGCGGGCUAUGUCAAUUAGCGAGUGCCAUCGCUGCUACCGUGAGCCCAAAUACUCUACCAACGGGCAGGACUCUGGUAGCAUUUACAGCCUUGUUCAUGUUUUUUUAUAACGGCUGCGUCGGUGCUGCAAGUUACCCCGUUGCUACAGAACUAGUCAGUUCGAGACUUCGUGCAUGGACUGUCGGGACGGCUACUUCUCUGGGAUAUUUGCUUGCUUGGCUGGUGAACUUUUGUACGCCAUAUUUCAUCAAUCCGGAGCAUCUGAACUGGGGUGCUCAAUAUGGAUACAUUUGGGCUGGAUCGAACUUCAUCUGUGUUAUCUUUUUCUACUUUUUCAUGCCAGAGAUGAAGGGACGUUCUUUGGAAGAGCUAGACGAAAUUUUUGCCGCGCGUGUCCAAGCGCGCAAAUUCAAGUCAUACCACUGCUUGAUUCGGGAGGCAGCGAGGAUCGAGGCAGCGAAUUUGAAGAUCAGUCAAGACUCGCAAUUUCCUAAAGAAUGA